CCUCGGAGUCGUAACCGUUACUGGUCGCCGUCACUCCGCCGUAACGGUGUAGCGCGCCCCCCCAAAGGACCGAUGGAUCACACCAACCUCGUCCAGAGCGUCGUCGCUGCCGCCUCCAUCGCCAGCUCGUCCGCCGCUCAUUCCCGCGGCGUCAAGCGCUCCCGCGAGAACGAGACCCCCGCCCAACGCCAGAAGCGCGAGAAGGCCGCCGAACGACAGCGCCGCAAGCGCGAGCGCGACAGGCUCGCCGCCCUCGGCGUCUACAUCGACAACUCCCCCGCCCGCGGCCCCGCCACCACCCCCGGCACCCCAGGCGACGUGUCGCCCGAGGAGCUCGCGCGGCGCGAGCGCGUGCGCACCGCCGCCAGGGAGCGCCAGAGGAAGCAUCGAGCGCUUGUCAAAGCCCGCAAGCUGCAGGAGCUCGGGUACGACAUGGGCAACCCGACCACGGCGGACGACGUCCAAUACCACCUCAACCCCGAUGGGACGUACCAGCAGGUCUUCCCUCCUCCCGAGCACGAGCAGCAGCAGCAACAGCAGCCGCCUCCUCCAGCCCCGCCUCCACCCCAGCCGCAACAACAGCCGCAGCAGCAGCAGCAGCAACAACAGCAACAGCAACAGCAACAGCCGCCUCCUCCGCCGCCACCGAUGAUUCAAGAGCCUCCGGUCCCCGAAGUGCCAAACAGUCAAACGGGCGGGCAGACCUUCGCCCAAAUGCUGCUCCUGUCGUUUUCCUGCGCGCCACUCCUGAAGCAGCACGUCCUCCGCACCCUCUCCAUGACGACCGAAGAGCUUGCCUCGCUCGAGCCCGUCAUCGCCCACGCCUGGGACAAAUGGGACGCAGAGCGUCGCUACCGCUUCGGCCCCGACCCGGGCAGCGUCUCCACCUACGACGCCCAACAGGCGUACGCCGCGCAGGCCCACGUUCAAGCCCACGCGCAGGCUCACGCCGAGUCCGCGUCCGCCGCCGCAGGGCCGAACGAGUUUCGCGCGCGCUUCCACCGCCCGCUCACGGCGCCCUCGCCGUUCCAACAGCUGACCGCGAAUAGCGCCCCCUCCGCCGGCCCCGAAUCUGAGGCGCUUGACCCGCACCUCGCGGCCGAGCUCGCUCGUGGCGAGGCGGAGGGCGUGGCGAAGAAGCUGCGCUAGUACCCAUCCUUCUUGGUCUCCCUACAUUCCCCUCCUUGAACUCACGGCGCUGGUCCCAUAUCGUCAUCAUCAAACAAUUAAAUUGUACUUACGACGUGUAUUCUGCAUCCUCCCCUCCCGAAGUUCUUCUCAUGUGUAACGAUAACAUAUCGCGC